UCCCUGUCAGCUACAAGUGUGAUAACAACGCGAGGCGCAGCUCUCCGCCUCGGAGCAGCCGCCGCAUCUGUCUCCCGCAGUUUCCCUUUGGCGCACAACUCGGCGGAAUAUGCGCAUAAUACCUCUGCGCGUGAAAGCCAAACUUGGAGACGAUGGAUUUGAUUAUUGUCGGAGACACCGGGUAGAGCGCAGUUUGGGACAGUGACGCGACUUCGGGGGGCGCGAGGCGCAGCUCGGCUUCGGGAUGAACAGCACUGUGAUAACGCGUCCGCCGCCCACCAUCCCCUCGAUUAUGUUCAUUUUCGGGGUGGUGGGGAACGUCAUCGCCAUCGUGGUGCUGCGGAUUUCACGGAAGGAGCAGAAGGAGUCGACUUUCUACACGCUCGUGUGCGGCCUGGCGGUCACGGACCUCCUGGGCACCAUGCUCGCCAGCCCCGUGACCAUCGCCACCUACGUGAAGGGCGCGUGGCCGGGCGGCGAGCCGCUGUGCCAGUACUCGGGCUUCAUCCUGCUCUUCUUCUUCUUGGUCCAGCUCAGCAUCGUCUUCGCGAUGUCCGUGGAAAGAUACCUGGCCAUAAACCACGCGUACUUCUACAACGACUAUAUCAACCAGAGACUGGCCGCGCUGACUCUCCUGGUCAUUUACGUGUCCAACAUCGUGUUUUGCGCGCUGCCCGGCGUGGGUCUGGGGCACGUGACGCUCCAGAAGCCGGGCACCUGGUGCUUCAUAGACUGGCACAACAACCACACUACAGUCAUGACCUUCAACCUGAUGUACGCCGGCGUGAACUCCGUCGUCGUGCUGGCCACGGUCGCGUGCAACGUGAUGGUGUGCGGGGCUCUCAUCCUCAUGCACAAGCGCUACAUCCGCCGCACGUCCCUGGGCACCGGGCAGCGGCGCAUCGCGGAGCUGCGGCGCAGACGCAGUUUCGGGCGACUGGCCGGAGCUGAGAUCCAGAUGGUGAUCGUGCUGAUCGCGACGUCCGCCGUGGUCCUCAUCUGCUCUAUACCUUUAGUGCUGAGGAUUUUUGUCAACCAGCUGUACCAAAACCAGAAAGAAGAACCACUGGGGCUGAACAAAGACCUGCUGGCCAUCCGCAUGGCCUCCAUCAACCCCAUCCUGGACCCCUGGAUCUACAUCCUGCUCAGAAAGACGGUGGUCCUCAAACUGAUGGAGAAGAUAAAGUGCCUCUUCUGCAAAAUGGGCGGCGGGCGGCGGAGCGGCCACCUCUGCUCCUCCAUCAUCUCCCAGGACUCGCCCUCGCUCAUGUCGCACGAGCUCCGGGAAAUGGUGUGCACUUCGCAGACCUUCCUGUACUCGGCCGGGAGGAGCCCCGAGAGGCCGGGGUCGCCUCGGGCCGCGGCCGCGCACGGCCGGACCUCGCAGGGGCCCCAGCACGUGGAGGGGCCCCGCAAGGGGCUUUCAGAGAGCGACGCGGAGGACGCAGCGCUAAACAGGCCAUUGAGCGAGAGCUCAAUGUGCCUGAAGGACCAGCCUCUACAUGUGACGUUCCCAGACAAGGCUGCCAACAUGCAGGAGAAAUGCAUAUGACACGGACUGCGGACUAUAGGGACAACAAAGCACUGGAAAGAUGUGAUAUUAAAGGAAAAGCUUCUCGAGCAUCGUUCCGUUUGUAGAUAUCGUAGGCGAGCAAACGACCGUCAGUGUAUUUCGCCUCAGUCGCAUCAUUAAAGUCACAGAUCGCACCCUUAAACAUUUCCACACAUCUACUGCGCACAACGCGCCACUUGUACUCGCACUUUGUCUCCGCUGCCACUAAAACCACUGCCGGGCUGUUCCUCUGCGUGUUGAAAAAAAACCCGCACAGCGACUGUAAAUGUGAACAGUUUUCCGUCACGUUAACUUAUUCUAUGUAUGGAAUGUACGCGUGCUCUCGUCUUCUCCGUGAGAAGGUUUUAGAUGAGUUGGAGCCAUUUUUAAUCUUGCACAAGGUGAAUAAGGUCAGAGAUGCUUUUAUUUUGGUAAAUGGAAAUCACACUGUUCCCUGUAUUUUGUUCAAUAAAGGCAGCUAUACUGUGGUUGUCAUGUUGCCUCCCAAAGGGACGUGUUGAUGCAGAACUGUGCUGCUUUGGCCCCAUUUACUCUGUAUGUGAACUAAAGGGCUGGUAUCGUGGAAAACCAUGAUUAGAGGAAUGGAGAAGAAAUUAAAGUGAAUUAAAAAUUAUUAGAAAUUAAAGUUAUCCUGUGUAUAGCAGAGAAUAAAUGGCUGUUUGAAACUUCAUUCACUUGGUUUAAAUACAUAUGAAUGAUGCACAUUUUAUGACAAUCGUUCCAUUAAGAGUCUAAGAAUCUAAGAUGUUUAGAAAAAAAAAAUCAGGGAAGUAGAAACAUGUUUUGGUUCCAUGAUACCAGCUUUUUGAUUCAACUUCUUUUUAUUUUACCUUGUUGUAAUGUGUGAUGACUAUUAUCUAAUCCAACAUUUUAGGUAACAAAGUGGAAUAAAAAGUGAAGAUUA